GAACCACGACUAUCGUCGUGUAAUUGUGUUGUUUGUUGAACAAGGAAACGACGGCGUCUAAGUGUCUUGUAGAUUUAAACGGUGUAGUUUUAAUGAUUUACCUAUCUUGUUUCCGCAUGACGCGAGCUAGACGAACACAAGCCCAGUAGCUCGCACAUCUGGAUCGCAGUGACUACUAUCCUUUGAUCCGAUUUUGUAUAUUCCAAUUUGAUGCGAGGAGAAGCUAUUCGCUUGAUUUCGAUCUCAUACAAUAACGUAUCAUACAUUAUCUAGGAUUACCUGGUAGGUUUCAAAUGGCUUUGAGGAAGAUAAUGUGGCAAAAUCUUGCGGGAGAUUGCGGUAGAUGCAUUACGCACUUCAGAUUUUAUAGCUCCCAAAUUGUCUGGAAAGCUCUGCGGCCUAUGAUACUGAAGAGAAUAGAAAAAGGGCCUAAGAACUAUCCUAUUCGGGACAUGGUUCCCGUUGCAAAAAAUGUCCUCAAGGCCAGAAUGCUUCUUAUUCAAGGCGUAUCCACUCUGAUCCAAGUAAUUCCCGUAGUUAAGUGCAAGUUCUGUCUAGAAGUUUAUAUUGGAGAGAAAGGUCAUUUAAUUCAGACUUGCUGGGGUUACAGCGGUGGGCCUAAAAAUCGGGUUCAUGAAUGGAUUACUGGUGGUUUAAAUGAUAUACUUGUUCCAGUAGAGACAUUUUGCCUGAAUGAUAAGUUCCAAAAGGUUAUUAAACAUGACCGAAGAUUCAAUUUUGGUCGUAUUCCUGCAGUUGUUGAGCUGUGCAGGCAGGCAGGUGCUGAUCUAACUACUGAGAAUUUGUACUCCGGUACAAGUAUUUCCCACAGUCGCCUCGGUGGCAUUGAUGGAGCUGAGUCUUUGUCACCUGGGGAUCUUAGCGUUGUAGCCAAUGGAACUUUGAGAGCAUGGGAGACUCUUAGAUCAGGGGUGCCAAAGUUGUUGUCCGUUUAUCCAGCAAAAGUUUGCAAGUACUGUUCAGAAAUUCAUAUAGGGCCAUCUGGACACAAUGCUCGCCUUUGUGGUAUGUUUAGGCAUGAGAAUUGGCAUGAAUCACACUUUUGGAAGAAGGCUGGAAUAGAUGAUCUGGUGCCUCCGAAGAUUGUGUGGCGGCAACGACCUCAAGAUCCUCCAGUUCUCUCAAAUAAGGGGCGGGAGUUUUAUGGACAUGCACCAGCAGUGGUGGAUCUAUGCACAAAGGCUGGUGCUAUUGCACCAUCAAAGUAUUCUUGCAUGAUGAAAGUUCAGGGUUUGUCAGCACCAGUUUGAUUUUGAAGAUGUCCUAUGAGUGAACAUGUAGUGGGCUGGGCGUCAAGGUAUGAUGUUUUGGCAGUUGAGGCUUGGAGCCUCUAGAGCUUAUCACUAAUCUAAAUUUGGGCCCAGAUAGACACGAGUCGUGAUUGAGUUGCUUUUCAGGUUGCUGUUAUUGCCUCCAACUUGGUUUUCAUUUCACUUGCGAAGGACAUGGAAGAGGGGAACAUGUCAAGUAUCCGCUUGGGAUCAUGUCUUCUUAGGGUUAUUUUAGAUGUACAAUUCCAUUUCGGGAGUAAUAUUACAUUUUCUUUACCAUAUAUAUAUAUAUAUAUAUAUAUAUAUAUAUAUAUAUAUAUAUAUAUUAUUUAUACAACAUCGACCUGAAUCCAUUAGCUGUCGUCUCUGUAUUUGUAGAUAAUAAAUUAUAUACUUUAAUUUCUUGAAUCCUUUUGUUUUGUAUGGAAGAAUUUGAACAUUCUCUAAAUUACAUCCAUGUUUUGUUCAUUACUUUCAAUCAAAAAAUUGUUGAAACACUUGCAUUUCAGAA